AAAAUUGGGGACUCGUACCGCGGCUAUUGUGUGAGCGAGACAGAAUUAGAGAGCAUUCUAACGCUACACAAGCAGCAAACACAAAGUGUGUGGGGGACGCGCCAGUCUCCAAGCCCAGCCAAACCUGCCACACGGUUGAUGUGGAAAUCUCAGUAUGUCCCAUAUGAUGGUAUCCCCUUUGUCAAUGCAGGAAGCAGAGCCAUUGUAAUGGAGUGCCAAUAUGGGCCAAGGAGGAAAGGGUUCCAGCCCAAAAAAGCUGGUGAGCAGGAAGGCACGUUUGGCCAUCUGUACAAAGCCACUUGUCCAGCAAGGAUCUAUAUUAAAAAGAUUCAAAAGUUUCCGGAAUACAGAGUCCCUACUGACCCUAAAAUUGACAAGAAAAUCAUAAGAAUGGAGCAGGAGAAAGCAUUCAACAUGCUGAAGAAGAACUUGAUAGAUGCUGGCGGUGUCCUCAGGUGGUAUGUACAGUUACCCACUCAGCAAGCCCACCAAUAUCAUGAAAUGGAAACUUCCUGCCUCCCUCCUUCACCCUCCCAUUUUUCUGUGUCUUCUCCUGAGGAGGAGGAGGAAGUUGUUAAAGAUGAGAACUGCGCUCUGCCUUCCCGACUUCAUCCUCAAGUGGCAGACAAGAUCCGAGAACUGGUGUCUCAGGGAGUAGAGCAGGUCUAUGCAGUGAGGAAGCAACUAAGAAAGUAUGUGGAAAGAGAAUUAUUCAAGCCUGAUGAAGUGCCAGAAAGACAUAACCUGUCCUUCUUCCCCACUGUGAAUGACAUCAAGAACCACAUCCAUGAAGUGCAGAAGUCCCUGAGGAAUGGCGAGAUGGUGUAUAAUUCAGAAAGUAUACCAGCAACGCUGCAGUGGACCACAGACAGUGGGAAUGUUCUCACAGAAACGGUGACUGUUACACUUGCCUCGCCACCUUCAGAUGGGAGCUCAGCAGGGGAGUCAGUCGUCACCAAAGCAGAAUCCAACCAGAGCGGGGGGUCCUUGCUACCAGAAACAGCUCAGCUGUUGUCUUCACUGUCUUCACUUCAGCCCAAGGUAUUUGCACAACUUCAGGGUUUACAGCUGCAGUCAACUUUUACCUCCACAAAUGGAUCAACAGCCCCGAUAGCUGUAAAUAACCAUUCCUCUCCCAGCCCUGCAAGUCUCCUGGAUUCCAUAGGGAGUGCAAUGACCAGCCGUUCUUUAGUACUUAGUCAGGGACACAGUCUGCAAGCAGGUGCUGGCCUAACACAGCAUAAUGCUGCUGCCUCUGUCUUUGGAACUCUGCCUGGCUCUGAUCAGAGUCUGGUCACCAUGGGCCAGCUGAUAGCAGUUGGAGGGGUAGAUGACUCCAGAAGCCUAGAAGGAGGAGUCCAUCAGAUUCUCUUGGGAGAUGUACACACUAUUCCAGUACGGAUUGUGGAGAACCAUCCAGCACUUACUGAAGAAAAUACAGAGGGUGUUAUCUGUGUGAGCCAAGUUAAACAAGAGCCAAGAGAAAAAACGUUGUCUAUGGAGCCAAAUAAAAUCAGAGACUGCCAUAGUUCCUCACCUAUUUAA